CAAUAAUACAAAAAGUUGAAAUUUGUACUCUGUGACCAUUUAAGAACUAUGCAUAAGUGUCUAUGGUUAUUACAAUUACGAAGUAGCCCAGUGGGCGUUUACUUUCUACAUUUUUAUUAAACCUUUUAUUAUUUGAAUAUUUUCAUUUUCCUAAACAUUCAAGUUGAAUAGUGUUUUUGGAUUUUAACAUUGGAAUGGAUUUUUGUCAUGUAUUUGGAUGAAUCAAAUCAAAUAAUGACAAAUACAACUACUAUGCUUCCUCCUAAAACUCCACAAUGCCCUAUUCCACCUAAUUCACAUCAUUCUAAUUCAUAUCAUUCGGAAAAUUCCCUUCCAGAUGAUGAUCCUUCUGUUAUUUUGGAUAAUACUUGUUUAAAUGCUAAUCUUAAUGAAGAUUCAAUGAUGAUUUUAUCACAAUCAAUUGAUUCUAUUCAUACAGUUGGUACUAACAACGGAGAAGGAACAGAGCAUCAAGUUCGUACAUUAUUCGUUAGUGGUUUACCUUUGGAUGCUAAACCAAGAGAACUGUACUUGUUGUUUCGAAGCUUCAAAGGAUAUUUGUCUUCAACACUUAAACCGGCUGGAAAGAAUGGAAAACUCACAGCACCCGUAGGCUUUGUAACUUUCGAAUCACGAGAACAAGCUGAGGAAGCAAUGGCAAAACUUCAGGGUGUGAAAUUCGAUCCAGAUGGCAAUCAACAUAUGCGUUUAGAGUUUGCCCGUAGUAAUACUAAAGUUACCAAACCUAAGACAACAAUUCCUGUUGGUUUCGGUAAUAUAGGUAUGAAUAAUCCACAUGAGAAUGGAUUAAAUCAACAUAAUUCUUUGUCGAAUCUGGGUACUUGUCCAACAAAUAUGAUUUCAACUGGUAAUAUCAGUGGUAUGGUUGCUAAUUUACAACCAUCGAUAUUUGCUCAAUUGGCAGCUACUGGACCAACUAUUGAGACAUCCAAUGGGAUAUUCGCUACGGCGACAGAUGCUUCUACCGCGAUGGCAGCGGCUGCAGCCGCCGCUGCUGCCGCUCAAUGGGCUACAAUCCCUGGCUUACCGUCACUUGCUUCAGCCUACGAAAAUACAGCUUAUUUGUCUUCAGCAGCUGGUUUAGUUCAAGCAAAUAACUUUCGUACUUUAGUCCCUGGAAGUAUGAACACUGGUACUUAUGGUAUGCAAACUGCUAGUCCAUCAUCUAUUCCCAGUCUACAAAUGGUUCAAGCUGCUAUUGCUCAUGCUAACGUAGCUGCAGCUUUAUGUUCUGCAAAUGCAUCUUCUAUCAGUGGUGGUACAGUUUGUUCACCUUCUACACUUGCUAAUUUAUCACAGCAAAACAAUACACAAGUAUCAUUUUGUAAUACAGGUACAUCAAAUUCUCCAAGUCCUAAUAGUGGAACAGGAUCAUCUCCAGCUGCUGUUUCUGCAUUGUCUCAUAGUACAAAUUCUCACUUAAGAAAUAAUUAUUUUCCUAGUCAUCAGUCAAAUGCAUCGAAUGUUGCCUCAUUUAUGGCACAAUUACAACAACAACAACAACAAAGUCAGACAUUAGCUACAGUUCAUUUGAAUCAACAUGGAAGUGUCAAUACACCGAAUUCUCCAUUAGGUUUUGCUAAUGUCGUUUCAGCUACAACUGGUCUUCCACCUCAAAUGGCUGCUGCAGCGGCUAUUGGUCUAUUAGGUGGUGGAUAUAAUUCAAUUAUGAAAGAGUUAACAGGAAACGAAGGUCAAUUUCAAUCUGGUCUAUCACCAUAUCAACAAAAUGUUAAUUUUUGAAUCAAAUUAAUUAUUUAUUCAAAUUGUGAAUUGGUACCAGCUGAACUUCUCACUGUCUAUACAACAAAAGAGAUGAAUUUCCUAACUCAUAUUAUUAUUAUUCAAAUUAAAAUUAUCCAUAUCAUUAUUAUUAUUUGUCAAAUGGUAAUGUAUUCUCAUUGUUGGCUGUGCAAAAGUUAACCCUCUCUAUACAUAUCGAAAGAAAAUUGUUUUAUGUUCAAUUUACAGUUCUCAUUUGUAUUUUACUUAUCCCCCCAAAAACACUCUAUCGUAUAGAAUGUUGUAUUUUUUAUCUUAAAUACUUUUCAUUAACAUUCCGUUAUUACUAUUAAAGAAUAAUACAAACUGUGUAAUAGUAAGUAGUGAACAACAAUUCUUCUAAUAAAUUAGUUCAUUCUGUAUAUGUAUUUUGUUAGUAAAAUAUAUACACUUUUCUUUGUCAGUGAGUAGGUAGGUAGUAGUAUUGUUGUAUUAUUUAGAAGAAACAUCUUGAUUCCGUUGAGAUUAAAACCGCAAACAUAUCAGCAUAGAAACAAAACAAAAAAUCGAUAAUUUAAACUUUUUUUUGUUGUUCGUUGUUUUUUUUUUCAUCACUGGGAAGUAGACAGUAAAAAAAAUAUUUUUCUGACAUGCUCAUUGAUUCAUUUUACAUAAUUUUCUAUUUUCUCUCUGAUAUUGGUUUAUUGGAAUUUUUAUAAGAAAAAUUUUAUUAAGAACUUCUCAUUAUUGUGUACUUCGUAUCAUUUCCACUUUUUACUUUCUUUUUUUGUUUUUUAAACUCUGGUUUGUUUACUCGUUUCAUUCUUUUUUUUCUAUUGCUGUUCUGGUCUAAGGUUUUAUAAUAAAUAAGCAUUUUUUCUGUUGAAGAAGAAACAAAAAAAUAAGAUCAUCACUUCACAAUUUAUGUGCUUAUUUCUUUCUCUUUUUUUGUGGUGGUGUUUUGGUUUGUCUUUUUUUUGUCGUUUUCGUUUCUAAGGGUGUUUCUUUCCGUCAUUUCUUUCAGUUACUUUCUCUAUAUUUCUCCUAUAUAUAUAUUUCAUGUGAACUAAUUGUUUAGUUAAAUUCUAUCAUUGAUUUCAGCAUUUUUACUUGGAAUAAUAAAGUAUAUCUCAUAUGUUAUUUUCAUCAAUUAUAAUUUUUCUAGAAGAAGUUUUGCUGUUUUUUUUGCCUUUAUUUAAGCAAAAAAAAUCAAGGGUUAUGUCAAAUAUCGCCUUUUUAAAAAAAAUCUAGCAAGUUAAUAUAAUACACCGUGAUCAGUAAGGUUCAUAUAUGUCACAUAUGAGUCGGUUACUCACGAAUGUUAUCUGAAGAUGGUUGUGGAAUUUUGUUAACUGAUUAAGUUUAGAUGGGUAAGACAUGGAGUACAGAUUUUGUGGUCUGGAGGUUAAAGCCCUGAGGUCGGUUCCCAGUGAGGUC